AUGGUGGCGGUGUGUGGGCGUGUGGGUGGUGAUGGUGGGGGCGGCGACGGCGGGGGCGGCGACGGCCAAGGUGCAAGUGGAGACGGAAAAGUGUCGCAACAGCUGCUCUGCUGUACCUGAGGACAUGUGGCCAUACUGCUGCGAGAGCCACAACACCUGCUGCCAGGAGUUCGCUGACUCUUGUAUACACGACUGCCUGCCCAGGGUGCACACUGGAGACGUGAGUGCCGUGGAGGAGCGGCCAGGACUCUGUUGUGCCCUCUACAAUCUCUGCUGCUUCAGGGAAACCUUCAGGAUUUCCUCCGGCAGGAGCCAAACUAGUGAACCAGUGAGCCUGCCCAUCGUACAUCGCUUCCAAGUAAGGCCUCCAGCUACUCAUGAGGCACCCAUCACCCUGCCAGUUCAGGCACCUCGGUCUCAAAAAUCAAGCAGACCGACCUCAUUCCAGCCCAUUCAACCACAAUCUCAGCAAACCACUCCAAGCGAUUUCACAGACGAGCCUCGGGAAGAAAAGAAAACCAUUCCCAGGUCCCCCUUACAACGGCCACAACUUCUAAAAAAGCCAACCAGUAGGCCGAGCCUCCCAGAAAGGUCCCCAUUGCUCAAAAAGCCAUUUGGUGACCCUGACAAUUCUGAGCAACCUGUUGAGCAGAAAAAUUCUCCAUCAGUCCAAAGAGACGAUACAGGGGAAGGACCAAAGGAAGCAAAUAAGGAUGACAUUCCUCAAGACAAGAAAAAGACAGCUGAAGAGCAUGAUCGAAGAAAAAGCCUACUAGAGACAAAGAAACCAAAGAGUGGAGGACUAAGACUAUCUGGUUUAUUGCUUGGGAGAAGAAAAGACUCAGAAUUGCCAAAUCCAGUUAAUGUCCAAGCAGAAGAGAAUAGAGAAUUGCCCAGAGAAGCAGAAGUGGCACCAAUUAGCUCACCUGAGAGGGGCCUCCUUGGAACUAGGCACAGUGAAGCUAGUCAAACAGAGCCAGCAGCAGACCCGGUCCAGGAGAGAAUGGAAGGAGAAACCUUGCCAUAUCACACGCAAGAGUAACGAAAGAGGCUCAGGGUGCCUGGUUUAACUGUCAGAGACGAGUCCACAAGAACAGAUCAGAUUCAUACUGUGAAAGCCAACGAGCAGCCUAUUGGUCGACCAUUAGGGGUUGAAGAGACGUUAACUCAACCUCAAAUAAAUGAAGGCAGAGUGUUUGGUCGACAACCAGGGCAUGGCGAAACAAGGGUGAGCCAAACUAGUCUUGCUGAAAAGAGUGAGGUUGAUCAACCUCAAAUAAAUGAAGGCACACUAGUGCCAAGACCCCAGCUGGCUCAGGGAAGGCCAGACCUACCCCAGCAUGCAGAGGAAAGGCUAGUAGUUGCACAUGAAGUGACAGAAGAAAGCGUGCCGGAACUGCCCAGAGUAGCUGAAGAUAUAUUAUUUGGCCAGGCCCAAGUGUUCAAAGAAACAGAAAAUAGACAAUUUGCUGGAAAAGUUGGUCAACCCCAGGUUGCUGAAGGAAUAUUGUUUCCUCAACCCCCACUCACUGAAGAUAGAAUAUCUGGCCAACCUCAGAUUUCAGAAGAAAGAUUUAGUAAUCCGGCUUACUUGGACAGAGAAGUCUCAACAAGAUCUCGGGUAACAGAAGAAAGUUCAUUUGGUAUACCUUUGCCAGUCGAGUCCCCAUUUAGUCAACCUCCGGUAAUUGAAAGGACAGCAUUUUUACCUCAGUCAGCUGGAGAUACACCAGUGGGUCAACCCCAGACGUAUCUACCUCUAUCAACUGAGGAAAAGCCAUUCAGCCAACCCGAGAUUGUGGAAAGAACAGGUGGUCGAUCCCUGAAACCUAAUGACAGAUUGAUAAGUCACCCCCAAGAUACUGAGGAGAAAAUUGGUCAUCACACGCAUUCCAACAUAGAGAUCCCUGGUCAUUCUCAGACUCCUGUGGAACACAAUGAUCAACCACAGGUGCCUGAUCACUUACAGAUAAUUGCCGAGGCCACUAGAAAAUCACCAAUAGUUCUGGAGGUUCCCGCUAAGACACAGGUAAGUGUCGAGGCUGUUAGUCAUCCACACCUGGGUUUAUUACAACCAACUGAUGAACCACAAGCAUUACUGGAAAAGACAAUUGACCAGCCAGAGGUAAAUGAAAAAAUAAGUGGCCAAACAGAUGUGUCAGUUGGGGAUACAUCAAGGGGUCAUGGUAGAACAAGAGCACGUUCAAAUUCAAGAUCAAGAGAACAUCACAACCCAGUGAAAGAUCAGGUUCAGAAGCCACACAAAGGGACCAGACUCAAGGGACUAAUGGAAGAUCAAGUACAGCCAACCGCUUACAGGGAACACCAGUUGCAAGUGACCGCUCUCAACCAACAGAAGGAAGGUCAAACCCAGGAGUCCCUCACCAAACUACGAGGAGGAGGUCCUCCAGAAGACGGGUCACAAGAGAGACUGUGGAAGGAGACAAUUUGUAGGCAUAAUUUCAGCCUAAUUGGCUACUCCCCAUCCAAAUAUCCACCCAUCAUAUCAUUACAUAAUGCAUAUUACAUGUAUUAACAUCAUUAACUUUUCUAGGUAUCUCUACAUAUAUAUAUACUGUACCAUUUUAAAUUCUGGUUAUUACAGUAGCCACAUAGCAGAUAUUUUUAUACACUUGAGAAAAUGUGACCAUAUUUGUUAUUCCUUAGACCAGAAAGGUCAGCCAAAACUUCCGAGUCGACAUUAUACGUACUUAAUUAAAAGUGGUUUCCAGAGUCGACUUGUUACCCUACAAAGCUUUGUCAAUAGUGCAGCACUUGCAAGAGUUGCAUGUCACUGUAUAAUACAGAGUUUAGCAUUAUUAAUGUUACCAUGAUUAUUUGGGAUGUUAACGAGACAGAAAUGUUACAUUGAUGUUUGGACUGUACAUGUCUUACAUUAAACAUGUUAUGUUUGUAAUUGCAAUCAUUACUCCUGCUCCUUCAUAAAUUAUUUCCUGUAAUUCCUACUGGCAAACAGUUGCCACACUCAAAUGUGGACUCUUAGCCCUGGCUUUGUCUUUAUAGAUGCCUUCCUUUCUCAUUACAUUGUCAAAUGCUCCAAACUUCAGAACACUCAUGAAUUGACCUUAUCUUUAUCUCCUCUCCUUACCUCUUUUUGUAGGCCAUUAGCUCUCCUGCAGUGCUCCUUUCUUCUCUUGUACUUAGACUACCUUCACUAUUGCUACUACUACUGCCUCACUGACACUCCACUGACUCUUGUCACUUCCAUUACUCUCAUCUCUGCUACUAUUGCACUACUUAGUACAGGAGGGCCCCAUUUUAAGGCACUUCACUAAUACAGACAUUGCAAACAAUACCCAAAAAUUCAUUCAUACAGCUCCUGAUUUCCUUUUAUGGCAUCCAUUCUGUUUACAUCCUCCAUGAGCUACACGUCUCUCCUGAUCGUUUGGAAACUUUCCAAGGUUUCAAGUAUUUUAAAGUUAUUGCGUAUUUUAUACAUAUACCCUUGUGUUACAAGGACAUUUAAGGGCAGCUGUGAUAAAGUAAGAGCCUUACUACUACUAUUUUUAAGUGCUAAGUUAGAAUGAUUAAACUCGGUAUAUCUGUAGCUGAGAGUACUGAGAUACUACUGAUAAGUGUACUAGUGUACUUGUACUUUAAUAAACUCACACAGUGCUGUUGUGCAAGUACAUUAAAAUCACUAUUUGGCACUGUUACAAAGGAGCAUCAGCUAUGCCAUGCGAGGGAAUAGCCAAGAGUUCUCAAUGGUGUUGAUGUAACAAGUAUAAUAAUAAUAAUUACCAAUAAUCACUCUGGGGCGUUUUAAAUGUCGUAUACGUAUUAUGUAACAGUAUUAUGGAUAUUUUCAUUAAUCCCUCUAUUUCUUCAAAAUUAUGUAAGACACUACUUAUCAUAUAAACAGAAUACAUACAUAGUAAAACAAAUUUACAUAAUUGUGAGGUGUGGUAGCCAGGCAGGUGUAAAGGAAUGUAUGACAAUUACUACAAUACAUUCUCUCGUAAAACACCACCAGAGAAACUAUAUAUUAGUAGGGUGGGGGGUUAUUGUAGAAAAACAUUCUUUUCAUAUUCCUUCACCCAGAGUAUCAUAUGUUGCUGUUAUGUAUUUACUGCACCAACAUAAUGACAACUUGUACACAAUGUAAGGUUUUUGUAUUGUGGGGAAAAUGUUUCACAAUAAUUUUCAUAAUGCGAGAUGAACAUGUAUCAACACACCCAGCAGCAGUGCACACGUAUCAAAUAGUACAUACAAAUCCAACCGCCCACCCAAAACAGACCCAUAUAAACAUUUAUGGGGCACCCUCCCCACAGUAUCUUAUAAUACAUGAGGGGCCUGCUUAUAUGGUGGGUUAAGUUCUAGGCUACCACUGUAAGGCAAAUUGCCCCUUUUCACUUUUAAAUGCAUACAAGUGCCUGAUAACAUGUUUAUACUGUCAUAUUAAGUUAGGAAUAGAACUAGGUAUAAAGAAAAAGUAAAAUGCAUAUAUGGUACACUCAUUACUUACCUUUAAAAUAUUUGUAAUCUUAAUGUAGGGCGAGAGGCGAGUAGUAUUUAUUGUAGAAGUAAAGUUUAAUAGACUGCUCAGCUACCACACUUCACAAUUAUAUUAAUUUGUUUUACUAUGAUUAUAUAUAUUUUGUUCAUAUGUAGUGUUUCUUAUAUAAUUUUGAAAAAAUGUCAUAGAUGGAUUAAUUAAAAUGUCUAUAGACAUUUACAGCACCCCAGACUAUUAUUAUUAUUAUGAUGCUUGUUGGUACUAACAUACCUUGUUCACUGAGUUAAAUCACUUCUAACUUGGAAUAAAUUUAGAGAGGCUUAUGACUCCCUUUUUAUCACAGCUACUCUUAGAUGCCAUCAUAAAUGAGAGAGAACUAGUAAACAAGACAUGAAGCUCAUGGAGAAUGUAAAGAAACAGUGAAUGGGUGGUGGGGAGUCAGAUGAACGUGUAUUAAUAUCUGUCUACUCGCUGUUGAAACGUGUUCACCACAAUAUAUACACCUUACACUGUGUACAUAUUGGUGCAGUAGAAUACAUAACAGCUACCAUUCUCAUGUAACACCUUUUUAAGAGUGAUGCUACAUGUAUUUGAGUGAAGGCACACGAAAGGAAUGUUUUUGUACAAUUACCCCCCUCCAGUAAAAUUUUAUGUACACAGUUUCUCUGCUGGUGUUGUACUAGAGAAAACUUUAUAGUAAUUGUCAUACACUACUUUACGCCUGCCUGGCUACCACACCUCACAAUUAAAUUUAAAGCACCCCAGAGCUAUCAUUAUACCUAUUGUGCAAACACAAGUGAAACAAAGUGAUUUUAAUUAAUGUACCUGGAUGCCAGCAAUUAAUGUACCUGGAUGCCAGCACAGUGUGUAAGCUUAUUUAGGUACAAGUACACACAAGUAAAAUUAUCAGGGUAUAUAUAAAAUCUGCAAUAACUUUAAUUAAAAACACUUGAAACUUUGGAGGAAAAUUUUCAGACAAUCAAGAGAGACGGAGCUCAUGAAGGUUGAAAACAGAGUGGCAUGCAGACACCGUAAUAGCGAAUCAUGAAUUGUAUAUGUAGCUGGGUAUAACUACCCCAUACAUAUAAAUGAAUUUUUGGGUAUGAUCUGAAAUGUCUGUAUUAGUGAAUUGCCGUAAAGUGGGGGCGCUCCUGUAUAUUUUUUUUUUAAACAAGUUGGCCAUCUCCCACCAAGGCAGGGUGACCCAAAAAGAAAGAAAAUCCCAAAAAGAAAAUACUUUCAUCAUUCAACACUUGCACCUCACUCACACAAUCACUGUUUUUGCAGAGGUGCCCAGAAUACAACAAUUUAGAAGCGUAUACGUAUAAAGAUACACAACUGCUAAUAUCCCGAAUCCCUCCUUUAGAGUGCAGGCAUUGUACUUCCCAUUUCCAGGACUCGAGUCCGGCUAUAUAAAAAUAACCGGUUUCCCUGAAUCCCUUCACUAAAUAUUACCCUGCUCACACUCCAACAGAUCGUCCCGUCCCAAUACCAUCUGUCUCCAUUCACUCCUAUCGAACACGCUCGUGCACGCCUGCUGGAAGUCCAAGCCCCUCGCCCACAAAACCUCCUUUACCCCCUUUCUUCCAACCUUUUUGAGGACGACCCCUACCCCGCCUUCCUUCCCCUACAGAUUUAUACGCUCUCCAUGUCAUUCUACUUUGAUCCAUUCUCUCUAAAUGACCAAACCACCUCAACCCCUCUUCAGCUCUCUGACUAAUACUUUUAACUCCACACCUUCUCCUAAUUUCCACACUCCAAAUUUUCUGCAUAAUAUUUACACCACACAUUGCCCUUAGACAGGGCAUCUCCACUGCCUCCUCGCUGCUGCAUUCACAACCCAAGCUUCACAACCAUAUAAGUGUUGGUACUACUAUACUUUCAUGCAUUCCCUUCUUUGCCUCCAUAUUAUUAUUAUUAUAAUCAAAAAGAAGCGCUAAGCCACAAGGACUAUACAGCCCUUUGCCUCCAUAGAUAACGUUUUUUGUCCCCACAUAUACCUUAAUGCACCACUCGCCCCUUUUCCCUCAUCAAUUCUAUGAUUAACCUCAUCUUUCAUAAAUGCAUCCGCCGACACGUCACCUCCCCAAUUUGAUAUCCAGUUUUUCUUUAUCUAAAUCAUUUGAUACCCUCAUCACCUUACUCUUUUCUGUGUUCACUUUCAACUUUCUACCUUUACACACACACCCAAACUCAUCCACUAACCUUUGCAAUUUUUCUUUAGAAUCUCCCAUAAGCACAGUAUCAUUAGCAAAAAGCAACUGUGUCAAUUCCCAUUUUGAAUUUGAUUCCCCCUAAUUUAAUCCCACCCCUCUCCCAAACACCCUAGCAUUUACUUCUUUUACAACCCCAUCUAUAAAAAUAUUAAACAACCAUGGUGACAUUACACAUUCCUGUCUAAGACCUACUUUUACUGGGAAGUAGUCUCCCUCUUCUACACACCCUAACCUGAGCCUCACUAUACUCAUAAAAACUCUUUACAGCAUUUAGUAACUUACCACCUAUUCCAUAUACAUUGUACUUGCAACAUCUGCCACAUUGCUCCACUAUCAUAUGCCUUUUCUAAAUCCAUAUUAUUAUAAUAAAAAAGAAGCGCUAAGCCACAAGGGCUAUUUUAUGAUUUUUAUUAUCACACUGGCCGAUUCCCACCAAGGCAGGGUGGCCCGAGAAAGAAAAACUUUCACCAUCAUUCACUCCAUCACUGUCUUGCCAGAAGGGUGCUUUACACUACAGUUUUUAAACUGCAACAUUAACACCCCUCCUUCAGAGUGCAGGCACUGUACUUCCCAUCUCCAGGACUCAAGUCCGGCCUGCCGGUUUCCCUGAAUCCCUUCAUAAAUGUUACUUUGCUCACACUCCAACAGCACGUCAAGUAUUAAAAACCAUUUGUCUCCAUUCACUCCUAUCAAACACGCUCACACAUGCCUGCUGGAAGUCCAAGCCCCUCGCACACAAAAUCUCCUUUACCCCCUCCCUCCAACCUUUCCUAGGCCGACCCCUACCCCGCCUUCCUUCCACUACAGACUAAUACACUCUUGAAGUCAUUCUGUUUCGCUCCAUUCUCUCUACAUGUCCGAACCACCUCAACAACCCUUCCUCAGCCCUCUGGACAACAGUUUUGGUAAUCCCGCACCUCCUCCUAACUUCCAAACUACGAAUUCUCUGCAUUAUAUUCACACCACACAUUGCCCUCAGACAUGACAUCUCCACUGCCUCCAGCCUUCUCCUCGCUGCAAAAUUCAUCACCCAUGCUUCACACCCAUAUAAGAGCGUUGGUAAAAAUAUACUCUCAUACAUUCCCCUCUUUGCCUCCAAGGACAAAGUUCUUUGUCUCCACAGACUCCUAAGUGCACCACUCACUCUUUUUCCCUCAUCAAUUCUAUGAUUCACCUCAUCUUUCAUAGACCCAUCUGCUGACACGUCCACUCCCAAAUAUCUGAAUACGUUCACCUCCUCCAUACUCUCUCCCUCCAAUCUGAUAUUCAAUCUUUCAUCACCUAAUCUUUUUGUUAUCCUCAUAACCUUACUCUUUCCUGUAUUCACCUUUAAUUUUCUUCUUUUGCACACCCUACCAAAUUCAUCCACCAAUCUCUGCAACUUCUCUUCAGAAUCUCCCAAGAGCACAGUGUCAUCAGCAAAGAGCAGCUGUGACAACUCCCACUUUGUGUGUGAUUCUUUAUCUUUUAACUCCACGCCUCUUGCCAAGACCCUCGCAUUUACUUCUCUUACAACCCCAUCUAUAAAUAUAUUAAACCACGGUGACAUCACACAUCCUUGUCUAAGGCCUACUUUUACUGGGAAAAAAUUUCCCUCUUUCCUACAUACUCUAACUUGAGCCUCACUAUCCUCGUAAAAACUCUUCACUGCUUUCAGUAACCUACCUCCUACACCAUACACUUGCAACAUCUGCCACAUUGCCCCCCUAUCCACCCUGUCAUACGCCUUUUCCAAAUCCAUAAAUGCCACAAAGACCUCUUUAGCCUUAUCUAAAUACUGUUCACUUAUAUGUUUCACUGUAAACACCUGGUCCACACACCCCCUACCUUUCCUAAAGCCUCCUUGUUCAUCUACUAUCCUAUUUUCCGUCUUACUCUUAAUUCUUUCAAUUAUAACUCUACCAUACACUUUACCAGGUAUACUCAACAGACUUACAGCGUCUAAAUCCAUAAAUGCAAUAAAAACUUCCCUACCUUUAUCUAAAUACUGUUCACAUAUAUGCUUCAAUGUAAACACGAUCUACGCAUCCCCUACCCACUCUGAAACCUCCUUGCUCAUCCUCAAUCCUACAUUCUGUCUUACCUCUAAUUCUUUCAAUUAUAACCCUACCAUACACUUUUCCUGGUAUACUCAGUAAACUUAUUCCUCUAUAAUUUUUACAAUCUCUUUUGUCCCCCUUCCCUUUAUAUAAAGGGACUAUACAUACUCUCUGCCAAUCCCUAGGUACCUUCCCCUCUUUCAUACAUUUAUUAAACAAAAAUACCAACCACUCCUACACUAUAUCCCCCCCUGCUUUUAACAUUUCUGUCAUGAUCCUGUCAGUUCCAGCUGCUUUACCCCCUUUCAUUCUACGUAAUGCCUCACGCACCCCCCCCCACACUCACAUCCUGUUCUUCUUCACUCCUAAAAGAUGGUAUACCUCCCUGGCCAGUGCAUGAAGUUACCGAUUCCCUUUCCUGUAUAUAGAUAUAAUAAAAGAUUUACCUUUAGCAACCAUGGUAAAGACCAAGUCCGUCCUUGUCAAAACUAAUGAAAAAGAGUACAUAUAUAAAGUUCAACUAUGAAUAAGAUUUAUCAAUAGAGUACAAAAUAAUUAAAAAUAAAACUUAUUACUAACAAGGCUGAAUAAGACUUUUGAUUAUGUAAGAAUAUCAUUUUAAUUAAACUACUGAUGAUGCAAGGGCAAUUUUACAUGUGAAAAAGUUACCCAGGUGCCCUUGAUAUAGGAGACUGAAGGGAAUAAAGUUGGUACUUUGACUACCCUAUAGAUGCUGCACCUAAAAUUGCCAAGGAUCAUUUUAUGCUUUUAAGGACAACAAAAAAUGAACAACACUACAUA